AUUAACUAACAAAAGCAGACAUUUUGUACAAGUCUUUUAAAAUGGGUGAAACAAAAGCGAACGAGAAGAAUUUAACUAAAACAAAUUAUAUCAUUGCAAAAUAUCAAAUUAUUUCUUAAAAUUCUAUAAAAAAAAUUAUCAAGCGAAAAUAAAAAGAACUAUACCACCAAUAGAUAUCAUAUAAAGCUCUGUAUAUUAAUUUAUUUUGUAGUAUAAAAAGAAACCAUGGUAUCAAAAAGAAAUUUUUCACAAAAUGGCAGAUCUAUGCAACAGCAGCGUCAGAUGCCAUAUAAAAAGCCACCCUUAAAACCACCGAUAAUGAUGAACAGUUAUAACCAAAUUUUGAAUGCCAGUCAAAUACCAGAUAAUCCUGGAUAUUUGGAUUUCAAUUUGCCGACGCCACCAGUACCUAUUAUUAGUAAUAGCAACGUGUCUAAUACAAAUGGAAACAGCACAGAUUUCACCGAAAAUGGCAUGGGAUCUGGAGCUGCGGCUCAGAAAAAAAAAAACAGCAAAAGCAAACAAAAGAGUAGGCAACAGCAGCAACAAUUGCAGCCAUUAAGGCAAGCGCAACAGCAUGUUGCGCAGCAAAAUGGCGGAUGGAAGAACAAAAAUCAACAGUUGCAUAGGGCCAAUCAUCAACGUUUUAAUGGAUCCGGGCCGGUAACGGGAAUUAGAUUUCCAGUGCAACGAAAUUUUCCGCCCAAUCAACGAUUGGGGGGUAAUCGCAGAGGGCGCAUGAUGCCGCCGAUGGUUGGGCAGGGACCACGGGGUAUUAUGGGUCCUAUGGGACCACCAAUACCGCCGCCACAUGAAUUCCAGCCACUCAUGCUACCACCGAUACCCCCAAUGUGCCGGAAUGGUCCACCAUUGCCACCGCCAUUAGGCGGACAGGCACCGCCACCGCCGUUUAUGCGACGAGGCGCUCGCCCUUUGCCACCGCCACCACUUGCAAUGCCAUCCAUGAUGCCGGCGUGCAUGCAACGUAAUAUACCACAAUCUGCACCCCUGAACGGUGCCGGAAUAUCCGCAAAAAUUAAGAAAAUCAAAAUUGCUAAAAAAGUGACUAAAGGGAAAAGUACCAUUAAAACGCUAAAGAAUUUAAUCAACCAAUAUCCCAUUGAUAAGCCUUGGGUAACGGAUUCAAUACGGGAUGAAUACAAUAAGAAAAUCGAUUUAGAAGAUCGUCUUAAAGGCAAUAAAGACGAUGAACUAUUUGCUCAAUUUAAAGUUCAACGUGAUAAAUUUGUCGGGCUUUAUGAAACUGCGCGUGAAGAGUAUUUCAAGAAAGAGGCUGCAGCAGUUAAAGCUAAGAAAUCUGCCAUCGAACACGUUCAGAGGGUUAUUUAUGGUGAUGCUGCUCCCAUAUCAUAUCCCAAUUAUUGGUUUUGGCGUCAACGACUUAAAAGCGACGAGACGUAUUGACUGAAAAUACCAUUUGUUGAUCGGUGUGUGCAAGAGUUGUCCAGGAUAAGCUGCCCCCAACUCGAAUGGCGAGUUCUGUCACAUCCAGUGUACUCACCAGACUCACUGGCGUCGCCUGAUUAUCACUUGUCCAGAUCGGUGCAGCAUCGCUUGGGUGGUAUACGUAAAGUCCGCAAAGUUGAAGAAGUGCGAAAAUGGGUCGGUGAGUGAAACGUUGCCAAACCAAUAUAAGUUCUUUCGAUAUG